AUGAGAUGGCUCUACGAAGAUGAAACGAAUGGUCGACAAUGCCGCAUCAGAUUGAACAUAGAUAAGGGUACAGUCAACUCCUGCUCUUGCACCUGGACGCGGACACGCUGUGAAGGUAUCAUAGCUCAAGCAUCUGGACGAUGUAAGAGGCGAAGAGAUGGAGCACAAGAUGACUUCGUACCACAGGCAUUUCAGCUCUGUAGAACCUUCAAAUACAAGGCUUUGCACAUACCACGAUCCUCUCCCUCUCCCUCUCAUCCUACCCAAUCCCAAAAUACCCCCACAACCUCCUCCCCACUCCCCUCCAACGCCAAAGAGAGGAAAGAGGUCGGGAAUAGGUUAGAUCCCAGAUUCAAUGUUGGCGAGUUCUUUGUGACACCAUUCGACCAAGCUGACGUCGAACAGCAGGAUGGCGUUGCCGGAUUUACAUGCACAGGUGAGUUGAACAUCGCCCUAUCUCCGCCCAUGCGCCGCUAUGGAAAGAGUAUGAGCAUGAAAGAUGGAAAACGUCAACGUCAAUGA